AUGCAUCCUCAAAACAACGCCAAACCUCCCAUGUCCCUGGAGUCACUACCAGAUGAGCUCCUGCAACCCAUCCUUGAAACCCUCUGCCCCCAUUGCUACGCAACCCGCGACUACCAACACAAGAGAGCCCGCGAAGAGGGCUUAGAGUCUCUCACCCUCACUUCAAAACGCCUACGCUCUAUCGCCUUACCCAUCAUGCUUCACAUCCCCGAAAACCACAUGUCGAAUGAAGGCCUUCACAAACUCCUCGACAUUGACCCAAGCCUAGGGGAGUACAUCAGAGAGUGGGAGCUACCGGGCUACGAGUGGGAUGAAGAGGUUUUGGACCCCACGGUGGAAACUACACGAAAGCUACUGGCCACAGUCGGCCAGGAUUUUGACUUGGUGCAAGCUCAGAACGAGGGUCUGAGUCUUGAACACUCACUCAUCGCCGAACUAUUCAUGGCGCGGGCUCCCAAGAUAGAAAAGUUGAUUCUUGAAAGAUUCGACUACAACGAUUGGCCAAAAGCAGACCUCAAAUACCUCGCCAGACGUCUAGGAAAACUUGGCGAUGGCACAGGCUUUGAAAAUGUCCGCCACCUGAGCGUGACGCGACCAUGCAGGACAACCACUUCCCUAACCGACGGCCACAUCAUGGCUCUGCUACGCGUCAUGCCAAAGCUAGAGCAACUAAACCUGGACUCGAUCCUCGGCUUGCCAGAAUGCAAUCGCUUCGACAUCAACCCCGUGAAGCCUGCCCUUCGCAAUCUCACAACACUAAGACUCCAAUGGUGCGUGUUUGAGGGUACGGCCCCAAACUCCCACUACAGCGCCCUCUGCGAGAUGCUCAAGCAUGCCCCAAACCUCAAGACGUUUGCCUUCUUGUCAAGUUCCUCUUCUGGUGCGCCUGGAUUCGUUGACCAUGACGUUUCCAUAAAGGACUUUCUCUUGGCGUUACAGCCAGUGGCAAAUCACCUGAAGCACCUCGAGCUAGACUUUUCAACUGUAUGGUGUGCGACUGAAGGCAUCAAGGCGCCAAUGCUAGCCAAUUUCACGGCUUUAGAAUCGUUUUACGUCAGUCUAGAGGACAUCUGCCAGUGCGAUCCGAGUCACGAGAACUUCGAAGACCCCCCCGUUCCCCGCUGCACAGCAGACAUCAUCCCUCCCUCAGUCAAACAUCUCAACCUCAUAUUGAAGAUGUCGGACACGACAGGGUGCUCAAGAUGUAUCUUAGGUAUUGGAAAAAAGGUAGCGGAAGGGGGUCUUGAGAAUCUUGAGACGGUCAAGAUCGUCUACGCGGGUUGGAGACCGCGGAGUGUCGAUGAACCGUAUAAUAGUGACAGGUAUGACGAGGCGGUUCAGAGCCUGCAGGACUGGCAUGAAGCGUUCAAAGAAAGUCGGGUGCCGUUGCGGUUCAAGGGCGACAUUUACAGGUGGAUGCGGUAUCACAAAGGGGACGAGUUGGCGUGGAUGGAGGGGACAAUUGAGAAAGAUGGCUACGACUGGUAG